AUGCGACGACCAGGAGGCACAGGCAGGAAGAUUCAUCACGGAAAUCGACAUGAGAACGGUUUCGCUGUUUCUGGGAGAAAGCUGGCCAAGCCAAAGUCAAAUGGCCACCUGAAUGGCAAUUUUAAUGGUGUACACCCGCCCGCACUGCCCUCGCAUGCCAAUUCCACAGACCAACAACAAUCAAUAGAAUCUGGGGAGGACAACGCCCUGGAUGGACCAACGGAGUCGUCAAAGAUGGAAUCCAACGGACAAGCCCAGGCAAGCGGAUAUGGGAAGGUCACCGCGGCCAUGUCGAACGGACAUUCGUACUCACCAACAUCGACUAACGGAGGAGUUUUGCCGGGCAAAACAUUUGAUAAGCAAACACCAGCAAACACAGACAAAACAGGAGGAGGGACUACCGCUUCCGUGAAAAAAACAUCCCCGCCAAACUCUGUAAAUCCAUUUUCCCUUGCAUCUACCAUCCUCAAGUCAUGCCCGAUGUAUGACACUGUCGCCAUCCUCAUAUUUCUCCUACAACUACCACCGAUCGUUUUGACCCUCGUCCAGUUCUUGUUUGCGUCGUUGACCUUCAUGCCUCCUGCUGGCGUUUCUACGAAUGUGUUGACGUCGAAUUUCGACAUUUUCCAAGGACCCGCUGGGACUCCCUCACUCUCUACGAUGAUCGCAAUGGAUGGAUUUUGUCUUUUAGUAUGGGGCUUGUUUAUGUGGACAUGGGCACAGAAUUUUGCAAUAGAUCUCGCUCAGGUCCAGGUCGCGAUUACAAUGGGAGGAGGGAGUUCGGGCAAAAAUGAAGGAGUUAAUGCGUUUUGUGUCAUGAUGGUCCUGAUCGUGCAUGUCCUGCGCAGUAAAGGCAUCCAAGACUUUGUCAUAGGUCACCUUUUGUCGGCAAAACUAAUUACUACGGAUACCCUUGCUCAAUAUUCUCACUUGGUUCCUCAAGAAUUCCGACGGAAAGAGCCCCCAUCUCCUCCAAGUUGGUUACGAAGUCUCCUUGCAGUCCAUAUCCUUGCCCAGGCAGGGACUGCUAUGGCAAGGCGUUCUAUGGCCAAAAACCGCACUCUUCCUCCGUCGAAACCAGGAAAACGAACUGAUACAGAGGCAUCUGCUGGCUCGCAAACCCAUGUCGAUUUGUCUACUUUCGAAUCCGCUACAAGUGGUUCAUCUAUGUUGACGAAUGAUGGCUCCCUUGCGGGGCCAACGGUACUAAAAGAAAACCGAGAACGACUUUCCAGUGCAAAGAAAAGACGAAGGCAAGCAAAUCAAGUGCGAAGUAGGCAACCAUUUUGGGCUGCUUUAGCAAGCACCAAAGUCACUGUGAUGCGAGAGUAUGACCAUUCCCGGAAUGGGAUAUGGUCGGCUACUCACCAUCCAGUCACUGAGGAUGAUGUCGAAGGAGCUCCUUUGAAUGAUGGAUUUAUAUGGAUUACACAAGUCGAUAAUUCCUCGAUUAAGUUCGCGGCAAGCGAUUUUGUUCAGAUGGAUGAUGCUUUUUAUGACGAAACUAGCGAUCAAGGUGUUUGUUCGGAACCUUUUUAUGUAAGAGUCAAUGGCGCCCACUGGGCCCCUGUUACACUUUCCAGGGUACUUAACAAAUCUGGGGAGCCGUCGCUUGUCCACUGGAGAGGUGAGAUUUCUAGGUUAGCGCCAGAUUGUGCCUAUACUUGCAGCUUCAUCCGGCAUGGUACCGAUGAAACUAUCUGUGUUAUGAGUGUGAAAACACCACCGCUUCCCGACGCAGACCAAGCACUUUCUAUCUCUAAUAUUUCACCAUCGCCCCGACAAUCCCUCCACCCUUCUUCUCCCACCACUACCAUCAAAAAUUCUAUUGUCAACGCCGAGGCUAAGUUAAGCGAACGUCGUGCGCGCCUGAAAAGGUCAAAAAACGAUCACAAGCUCCUUAUUUCCAAGUUGAAAAAGGAGGUCGAUAGUUUCACAAAUCGUCUCAGCAGUGGUUCUGAUGAGAAUCGACUGAGGCAGAGGUUGCUACAACUUAAACGGACUAUAAAACAAACAGAAGAAGCUACUGCCACAAUCGAUGCUCAGUUACGCAAUCUGGAAACUGUCCCUGAUGAGGAAUUAGAAGAGUGGAAUUCACGGAAAACUUCUUUAGAUCAGGAGAUGGAUCGUGUGAAAUCGCUCAAGGAAGAAGUGGACACUGCAAGGAUCGUUGCCAGUAGGAGUAUAUCUUCAGUCAAGUCAGAGCUAGCCUCGGUUAUCCAGAAGCGUGAACGUCUCCAAGGGCGCCAGCAAAGAUUGACAGAACAGCAUGAACGCAUUACGAGCGCCAACAAUCAGGGUCUCAAUGAGCGGGAACGAAGAGCAGCAGAACAACUUGCAAAGGAACGUGAACGUGCAGGGAUCGAAGAAAGCUUCUAUGAUCAAUUAACUAGCAUUACUCGAUCAGUUCAGGAUUAUCAGAUUCGCACAACCCACCUCUGGCAACAAGCCUCGGCCAUCGAACAAGCCUUCCAGCAGCAACAACAGCAACAAAUGCUCAUUAAUAGCGGUCCUCUCACCCCUGAAGGCAAUCUGCCAGGUACCAACCCGCCAGCUUUUGAAAGCCGGACGUCCACGAUGUCGGCAAUUCCCUCAACUACGAGAUCUAAUUCGGGCCCAAUUUACCCAACAUUUGGUACCAAUGAAAAGGGAGAUUUCGCUGAUCUUCAGGCUUCGAUGUCCCCUGUUGCAGGAUAUUCGCAUUUGGCGCAUGUGGAGCAGCAACCAUACCCUUCCUCUCCAUUGGCCACUCCCGACCCGUUCUCUGGACCGGAACCCACUUCUCAGCGACAUCGAUCACUAUCUAAUUUUUCCGGUGGAAGCAUGCUAGCAGAUCAAAUCAUAGUAUCAAGACCGGGAGGUUCUCCUGAUUCUAUAGGGGAAACGAGCCAAAGAGGCGUAGCGAAUUUCGGACGAGGUACUCGCAAGUUUACCAGAUCUGGUAGUCAAGGCAGUGUCAGUGGUAGCGGCAGCGGCAGCGGAAGUGGAAGUGGAAGCCCUCAGUCAAAUCGGGAAAACCCGACUUGGAAUGGAUAA